AUGGAUCUCCUGUCUGCAAAAUCCGGUAUGACAGAUGUGAAAAGGUCUGCACAGAAUCCCCUCUUGCACCACACAAACAGCAACAAGGACCAAGCCGGAAAUAACAGGCACUAUGACACGUCAGCAACGUAUGUCAGAACCCGCAGUUAUUCCUUCUCGACAGAUCUUGAAAGGAUUCUGCCGCGGCGUGUGGCUGCAGAUAUCGAGGGAACUAUGAUUGCUGUAAAGCACGAAGAUAGAGGACCAGGACGAACGUAUAGAGGGUGGCACAAGGGCCGCAUACUCUCUGGUGCUUCGAUUGCGCCAAAGAGAUUACAUAAAAUCAACCUGGAAGCUGGCAUAGAAGCCUCCGCCUCGCGCACAGACCCUCUAACACAGUCAACACAGUGUGGAUGGUCCGCCUAA